AUUGUGAAUCUUGUCCUGUACUCGUUCCUGUGAACUCGUGGAAAAUCAACAUUUACAAAUACUUUGACGUUAGAAAACGUUAACUUUUCAUCAAUUUACAUCGCUGCCCGUCUAUGCUUUCUGAUGAUCGGUUAUGCAGUGCGUCGGUCGAUGCGGAUCUCGCGGGACUUACGACAGAUAUCGUCAUCGACGAUGUCGAAGCGCGGCUAUGGAAGCCGAGAAGCAGAGAGCGAUUUCGUGGAGUCAACAAGUGAAAUUUACUUGAGCUGCAGAUAUCGUCAUCGAAAAAAUUUAUAAUAUCGGCAAUUUCUAAUAAGUGAUUGAAUUGUCAGAUCAACGAUCGCGAAAUGAAUAUCGUGCCAGGAACAGCGUCGUUGCUCGAGGAACUCGACAAAAAACUGAUGGUUUUACUCAGAGAUGGCAGAACACUGAUCGGUUAUCUCAGAAGUGUGGACCAAUUUGCCAAUAUCGUAUUACACCGUACCAUCGAAAGGAUUCAUGUUGGCAAAGAGUACGGUGAUAUUCCAAGAGGUAUAUUUAUAGUGAGAGGUGAAAAUGUUGUUCUUUUGGGAGAAAUAGAUAGAGAAAAAGAAAAGGUUUUGCCUCUGACGCAAGUGACAGUGGACGACAUACUGGACGCCCAGAGACGCGAGCAAGAAUUGAAGCAAGAUCAGAAACGACUGAGGAACAAAGCUCUGAAAGAGCGCGGUCUUUCGUACAUGCCGGACUUGAAUCACGACGAUAUGUUCUGACCUACGAAUGUAUCUGCUUCUCCCCUAUCUAAUCUACCUUUGUGCGACACCGAUGAUUACAAAGUUCGCUGUACCCCACUUUCCAUUUAAUGAUGCAUCUUUCGUGGAUCGAUGAUCAUUGUACGUAAGAUCUGUGUGUACACAGUCGAAUGCUUAAAGAUUGCGACGCUUUUACCUUGAUGAAACACGGCAUUUGUUGCGCAACUCGUCGAAAUGAAGGUGCUGCAACUUUUAUACAUUUAA